GAUUGUCACAGAUUGUGAAUUGUGAUAACCGGUAGUGAAAUAAUUAACUAAAAACUAUUUUUUUUAUAUAAAACUUUUAUUUUCAUUUAUGUUUUUAAGAUGCCAAAGAUAAAGCCAUAGAAAGAUUUAAACAGAAUAGACAAUAAUAUAAGUAACAAAAUUUGUUUUUGAAAAGUUUGUUAUUUAAAUGGUGGAAAUUGCAUCCUACUGUGCGCUUGAACAUUUUCCCCCCUAGAAAAUGUCCGACAAAAACAAUGCUGAAUUCCGGACUAUGCUAGCAGCCUUCCGUGUGUUUGAUUUACGAGCGUUAAUGAGUUUUGCUGGUAGAAGCAAAGCAGGAAAAAAAUCAGAAUUGCAUCAAAGAGCUGUAAAUCUUCUUAAAAUCAAAUCUCCUAAUAUACAAAACAAGAUAACAGAAAUAUAUAAAUCAAUCCAACAGGAACUUUCAAAUGAUACUUCUGGAGCUCCUGUUAAUAGUAUGCCACAACAGGAUAACGUUCCGACAAGUGUUCAGUCUUACGGUGUCGACGGCAGGCAAAUGACUCCUGCUGCCCAACCGACUUUGUACCAAACAAAUAUGUAUUCGCAUUACCCCCAAUAUUCCCAAACUAAGCACCAACAAAAUGUUAUGGCUUAUCCCAUUCACCCAGACGUGAAGUUCCGAAAGUUACCAUUUUAUGAUGUUCUAGCUGAAAUAUUGAAACCUUCCUCGUUAGCUCCUAGUAAUAAUCAAAGAAUGCAAGAAGCCCACUUUAGAUUUAGUUUAUCUCCGCAGCAGUCAAGUGAUAUAGCCAGCAGUAGAGAUACUAGACCUGGAACAACCUGUGAUUAUUUAAAGCAAGUACAACUACGAUUUUGCUUGUUGGAAACAAGCUGUGAACAAGAAGAUGCUUUUCCCCCUUGUAUAUCUGUUAGAAUAAAUAAUAAGAUUUGUCCGUUACCUAACCCCAUUCCGACCAAUAAACCAGGUGUAGAGCCUAAACGCCCACCACGCCCUGUAAAUAUUACUGGAAUGGUUAAAUUAAGUCCUACAAUUGGAAACCAUAUAUCUGUAUCGUGGGCCGCAGAUUUUAAUAGAGGAUAUGCUCUAACUGUGAGUUUAGUUCAGAAACUAAGCUCUGUUGAAUUACUUCAAAGACUGAAAAGUAGAGGAUCAAAAAAUGCUGAAUAUACAAGAUCCUUAAUUAAAGAGAAACUCAACGACGAUGGCGACGAAAUAGCAACUACGUCUUUAAGAGUUUCCCUAAUGUGCCCUCUCGGUAAACUGAGAAUGACCACUCCUUGUAGGCCUAUAACCUGCAUGCAUUUACAAUGUUUUGAUGCCUACUUAUUUCUGCAAAUGAAUGAAAAGAAACCCACUUGGAGUUGUCCCGUAUGUGAUAAGCCUGCAUUGUACGAUGAUUUGCGUAUAGAUGGAUAUUUUACGGAGGUUCUGAACUCUCCAAUUCUUCCUUCAAACUGUAACGAAAUGCAAGUGAACAAGGAUGGUACCUGGUGUGUCCAAGCCAAUGAAAAACGACUUGCAAAAGUUGAAAUUGAUGACUCUAUAGAAAUAUAUGAUAUUAGUGAUGUUGAAAUAAUCUGCUCAGAUACCACUGACGCUGACGCCACGACUAUCUGUGCUAAUAGACUCGAGCAAAUGGUAACACCAGAAGAAUCCAGGAAAAGAGACAUAGUAGAUCUCACCUAUUCGAGUUCUGAAGACGAAGAACCAGCCCCUAAAGUCAGAGCAAUAUCGCCUAAACCAGAUUCAGCUAGCAUCUCAUCCAGUAGUAACCAAUCUAGGCCAGUUACCACUGUCGACCCAUUGUCCGUUUUGAGCUCGAGCCACCCCUUAAGCCCUGUGAUCAUCAACUUGGAUAGUCCCUCACCACCAUGUUCACCUUCACCGACACCUCAACCGUUAACUGAGCAAAUCGAUUUUUCCUCUGAGAUAGCCAAACAAGCUGAUGAAAAUACCACUCCCGAUCAGACCACUUCGCCGAUAAGUCUUUCAAAAAAUGCUUCAACCGAAGAAGUUGAAAAUGACCCUUACCUACCUGACGUAUCCACAGACUUGCUAUUGCUUUAAUAAAUUUAUAUCUUG